CUUAAAUUUAUUGCAAAUUUUGUUCAAAACGUUUUAUGUAACUUGUGUCUUAAGUCCAAUUUUGUUAAAUUUUUUAUUUUUGUUAAUUUUCUUGUUUUUUUUAUUAAUUUAAUGUUAAAAAAUUUAUCGUGUUAAACAUUUUGUGCUUGUGUUUUUUAAGAAAAAUUUAUGCAAUUGUCUUAUUUAUUGUUAAAAUUGUCUUUGGAAUAUUUUAUCAAACUGGAUAACAAUUCGUUAUUGUUGAAAUUAUUAAAUUUAAUGUCUUCGCCAACGUCCGCCUAUUCAUCGCCCUCUUCCUCAUCAUCCUCAUCGGAAUAUUCACCCUCAACAUCUAGUCCCGAGUCUAACUCAUCUUCAUCAUAUUUAAAUUUAAUUAAAGUAGAAUUUGAUCGUAAUAUUAUGGAUUUAGUUUAUCAGCCGAGAUUGCCGGUGAAUGAAUGUCAGGCAAGUCAAACUGCUAGAGUGACAUCUAACCUAAACGCAUCCAGUAGUACAAUGGCGGUUAGUCGCGUACCUUCACCGCCUUUACCGGAAGUAAAUACACCAGUUGCUGAGAACUGGUGUUACACACAGGUGAAAGUGGUUAAAUUUAGUUAUAUGUGGACCAUAAAUAAUUUUAGUUUUUGUCGCGAGGAGAUGGGUGAAGUUUUAAAAUCCUCCACAUUCUCUGCCGGUGCUAAUGACAAAUUAAAAUGGUGUUUACGUGUUAAUCCAAAAGGUUUAGAUGAAGAAAGUAAAGAUUAUUUAUCCUUAUAUUUAUUAUUAGUUUCCUGCAAUAAAUCAGAAGUUAGAGCCAAAUUUAAAUUUUCCAUAUUAAAUGCUAAAAGAGAAGAAACCAAAGCCAUGGAAUCACAGAGAGCAUACCGUUUUGUACAAGGCAAAGAUUGGGGUUUCAAAAAGUUCAUUAGACGAGAUUUCCUAUUGGAUGAAGCCAAUGGUCUACUACCCGAAGAUAAAUUGACAAUAUUCUGUGAAGUUAGUGUUGUGGCCGAUAGUGUUAAUAUUUCUGGUCAAUCAAAUAUUGUACAAUUUAAAGUGCCCGAAUGUAAAUUGAGUGAAGAUUUGGGUAAUCUCUUUGAUAAUGAGAAAUUUAGUGAUGUAACGUUAGCCGUGGGUGGCCGUGAAUUCCAAGCACAUAAAGCUAUACUGGCAGCUCGUAGUGAUGUCUUUGCUGCCAUGUUUGAGCAUGAAAUGGAAGAGCGUAAAUUGAAUCGUGUCGCCAUAACGGAUGUUGAUCAUGAAGUUUUAAAAGAAAUGUUACGUUUUAUUUAUACUGGCAAAGCUCCAAAUUUAGAUAAAAUGGCCGAUGAUCUCUUAGCAGCAGCUGAUAAGUACGCUUUGGAAAAGCUGAAAGUAAUGUGUGAGGAAGCGCUGUGCGUUAAUCUCUCCGUUGAAACAGCAGCUGAAACCUUAAUAUUAGCCGAUCUCCAUAGUGCGGAUCAAUUGAAAGCACAAACGAUAGAUUUUAUUAAUACUCAUGCCACCGAUGUUAUGGAAACACAAGGUUGGCAAAAUAUGAUCACAACACAUUCACAUUUAAUUGCGGAGGCAUUUCGAGCGCUUGCAACACAACAAAUCCCACCGAUCGGACCACCCAGGAAACGUGUAAAAUGAGCUGAAAUUUUAAUAGAAGCAACUCAAACAACAACAACAAAUACAUAGAUAAUCAUCAUUAUAAUAAUAAUAAUAAUAAUAUUAAAAACAACAGCAACAAUAAUUAUUAUAAUAAAAACAACAACAACAAAAAACUAUUCUUACUACUACAACUAUUAUUAUAAUUAUAAAUAUUAUUACAAUUAUUAUUACUAUUAUAACAAUAAUAACUACUAUAACAACAACAACAGCAACAACAACAAUACAAACACAAAUAAUAGUUAUAACUACAACAACAACAACAAAAACAAUUUGAAACAGAUAAAUUUAAUUAAUAAUUUAAACCCCCCAAAAAACACAAAAACUAAUAAUUUUAAUAUUUUGAAAUUUUCUAAAACUUUUCCAUAUUUUUAUGUUAAUUUCUUUAUACAACUAAAGGACAACAACAAAAACUAUAAUUACAACAACAAUAGCAAACUUAUGAUGGCCAACUUAAGCAACAUUUUGUAUUUGAUUGUAAAACAAAUUAUACUUUAAAUGACUUUAAAAUUUCUUUGCUAAAAUAUUUCUAAAAAAAAUGUCUUUUUUAGUUUAAAAAAAACAUGUUGCUUAAGCUUUAGAUUUCAUUAAAAACCCAAAUCCUACUGGACUUACUAUUAUUUUCUUUCUUUUAACACUUUGCUGCUUCUUUCUUUUCUUUUUUUUUUUUUAAUAAAAAAACAACAUGUUUUUCUUAUCUUUAAACUUAUUUUUCUAUAAUUUUAAGAAUAUUUAUUGUUUAUUAUUUUUAUAAUUUAAGUUUUAAUUUUUAUUAUUAUUAUUUUUUUCUUAAUUUAAAUAAUUUUUUUUUUAAUUUUUUUUUUGCCUUUUUGAGUUUGUAUAAAAAAUUUAAUAUUAUUAAUAAUAAUUUUUUAAUUAAUUUAAAUAUCUAUUGGUUUAACCAAAAUAUCUUUAAUUAAUAAUAUUUUAGAAUUUUAUUUACCAACACACAACCCGCCAAUUAAGCGUUAAAUCAAAAUAUUACUUUCUUUCUUUAAAUAAAAUAAAUAUAAAAAAAAAAUUUAACAAAAAAGAA